CCCACAUCCAGGCUAUAGACGACCUUCAGCAUGCUGAGGAUUACGCUCUGGCGUGUCUUCAAACUAGUAGUAGCGUUGGUUUGGUGCCUCUCAGUCGUCCUAUCUAUUGUCUGGCUAGCGCUGCCAUUUCCUUCUGUUUCCGUCGAAGAGCGAGCAACAUACAUUCAGAACACUCUCGCAGCCGGAAAGCCGGUCGUUGCUGCGUGGGAUGUAGAGCCAUUUCAAAGAACAGACCAGCGUGCGCUCGAUGCAGACUGGUGUUCUGACUGUACCUCUGUCCUGUUCCAUUGGCAGUUUGCUCGUUUGUACAACAAAGUUCAGAUACUUCUGGCACCACAUGAAUCAUAUUACCGCGACAGACCUUUCGAGCUGGCAGGACAUUUCAACUUCGCGAGAGUAUGGAAUGAACGCGCUACUGGUCGCAACAAUACCUGGUCUCCAUACUUUGCGGAUCUCUGGUCCGCAUCUACCAUGGUUCCCGCUGGACGAGAAGACGAGCACAUCAGCCAGGGCUGGUUUCACGAGGUAGAUCGUCACCUGAUUCAACACACGUUUCAUAAGUGGACAACCGAUGUCGACAUACGCGCAGUCAUUCCAGGACCUGGCGUCGUGGAGUUCUGGAGAGGCGUAGCUAUCGAUCGCGCAUUCGAUCAUGCAUCUGAUAGCUGGGCUGACCCAUUGAAUAAGAAUGAUAUACUCCAGGAUCAUACCCGGACGCCUGUAGUUUACGAACAGAUGAGACUUGAUGAACAUGACAUUGACCUCGUUGCAUCCUUCGAAGCAACCGAGAACGCCGAUAUCAAGGACAUCGUAGUCCGAGAACUGAAGGGCUAUCUGCCAUCGCGAACCUGGCCCAUUCGCCAAAAGCUGAUACUUCAAUUUCCUUGUUUCAUUGUGGGACCUGUCAUGCUGUUCAAAGCUGCGGACGACUUCCUCGCUUCUCGCUUUGCAGGCUCUCUUGUUACUUUGUUCGUCGUUCUGCCUAUCUACAUUGGAGUUGUCUGCUGUAACUGGGUAUCCGCUGGAUGCCCAAAUGUUUUCACAUGGGUCUCACGGUUCUGGAUGACCAGGUUCCUGAUACCAAAGCGCUGGCAGAAAGCGCCUAAGACUCAACGCUUCUGGGGUCCAUCCGGGCCGAUGAAAUCAGAUUUGGACAAGAGAAAGCUAGAGGAGAAGAAGGAGGCCGAGAUGCCAUGACGUGCAGCCAACCGAGAUCGCGACACCAAUCAGUGUCAACCCUAUGGCCGAGUGCAUCAAUGUGCGACCAAUGAGAGCCACCACUAGCUUGCGCUGCUAGAUCAACUCCAGAGCCGCAGAGGAUGUCGGCUGGAUAGCGGACGCCAAGUAUCAUCACAUGUGUAAGGGUUAUGGUUGAUGAAGACUGUGUUGUUUUAUGAAGAAGGACCGGUUAUAUACAUCAGAACAAGCCAAGCAGCAGCAGUCAGCAGUAUACAGAGAUCGUCCUGCAUGUGACAC